AUGGCUUCCCUUGCAGUUCAGUUUCAAGUGUAUCUCCUUUUCCUGGCCCUAGUUCAUCCCCUCUUUGUCGUCGAUGCCAAUUUAAUUCUCCAUCCUUCAGACUUGGAAGCUAUCUCCACACUCUCGAUUGAUUUUGGUUUCCCCAUUCCUCAACUCCAUAUUUCACCUUCAAGAAAUGGAAAUCCCUGCCAUAAAACCGCAGGUAUUCACUGUGAAAGGAGAAACUCCACUGAAUCGCCGCCGAUUCUCCGAGUCACUAGGAUCGUCCUCAACUCUCGAGGGUUCAACGGAUCUCUCUCUCCUUCCAUUGGAUGGUUGUCAGAGCUCAAAGAGCUCUCGUUGUCCAACAACAAACUCGUUGACCAGAUUCCUCUCCAUAUCGUUGACUGCCAGAAGUUAGAAGUCUUAAACCUCCGGAAUAAUCGUUUUUCCGGCGAGGUUCCAUCGGAGGUGUCCUCCCUCGUACGUCUCCGCUCCCUUGAUCUCUCUUCCAAUAGAUUAUCUGGUGACCUGAGCUUCUUAAGGUAUUUUCCCAACCUCGAGAGCCUCUCUCUCGCCGACAAUCUGUUCCGUGGAAGAAUACCAAAUUCACUUCGAUCUUUUCGAAAUCUCCGAUACUUGAACCUUUCUGGAAAUAAUCACCUCCAAGGCCUCGUCCCAGCAAUGAACCAAGUUGGGUAUUCCGUCUCUGCCCGGUUGAAGACUAAAACCAUAACCAAUAGUCUCCCCAAGCGCUACAUAUUGGCCGAGAAUUCCACACAGAGUCAUCAAGUAGGAGGCAUUGUAGUUGUAGUUGCACCAUCACCAUCACCCACUAGUAAAUCUAAAUCCUUCGAUGCUCAAGCCCCAUCUCCUUCAACUUCGUCAGCCCACAAAGAUGGCAAGAGCAAAAGAAAGCUCAAAGGUUGGGUCAUCGGGUUCUUUCCGGGCCUUGCUAUGGGAUUGUUAUCAGGGCUUAUAGUGUCUCUUCUGUUCAAAUUGCUCUUGAGAUGCAUCAAAGGUAGAGGGAAAGACACAGGUCCAGUGAUCUUCAGCCCCUUGAUCAAGGACGCAGAGGCCAUAGCCUUCCUCGAGAAAGAAGACGCUCUGUCUUCCUUGGAGCUCAUUGGACAUGGAGGAUGUGGAGAAGUUUACAAGACUGAGCUUCCAGGAAGCAAUGGCAAGAUCAUUGCCAUCAAGAAGGUUCUUCAGUCUGAACCCCAACAGCCCACUGAUGCAACCGAGCUUGUCGAUGAAGAAAGCAAGUUACUCAGUAAGAAGCUCCGGCAAAUUCGAUCGGAAAUCAAAACCGUCGGCCAAAUCCGUCACCGGAAUCUCCUACCUCUGCUAGCCCAUGUGCCUCGCCCGGACUGCCAUCUACUUGUGUACGAGUACAUGAAGAAUGGGAGCCUACAAGAUGUACUGCGCGAGGUGUCGCAGGGGACAAGGGAAUUAGAAUGGGACGUCCGACACCGAAUCGCCAUGGGAAUCGUUGCGGGGUUGGAAUAUCUACACAUGCACCAUAGCCCACGCAUCAUUCAUAGGGAUCUGAAACCCGGAAACAUACUCUUGGACGACGAAAUGGAGCCCCGGAUAGCAGAUUUCGGGUUGGCCAAGGCCGUACCAGAUGCCAAAACUCACGUGACCACAACUAACUUGGCAGGGACGGUGGGGUAUAUAGCACCGGAGUACCACCAAACUUUGAAGUUCACGGACAAGUGUGAUAUUUAUAGCUUUGGGGUGAUGCUGGCAGUGUUGAUGAUGCGAAAACUACCGUCGGAUGACUUCUUUCAAGAAACGAACGAGAUGAGUUUGGUCAAAUGGCUGAGGAAUGUUUUGACCUCUGAAGAUCCAAGGAGGGCCAUUGAUGAGAAGCUAAUGGGGAAUGGGUACGAGGAGCAAAUGCUACUUGUUCUCAAGAUUGCUUGCUUCUGCACCGUAGACAAUCCCAAGGAUAGGCCUAAUAGCACAGAUGUCCGGUGUAUGCUCUCUCAGAUUAAACCCUAAAGCACAUUUGAAACAGCAUUGCAUGAUCAAUGACUC